UAGAAAGGGGGGAGGGGCACCUGAAGGCACCACCAGUGUUCAGAUCGGUGUUGUGUUGUGUGCGCUCUGUUCGUUGUGUUUGCUGCUGCUGGCUCCCCUCUGUCCUCCAUUAAAGCUCGGCUCCAUCCCGCUGUACGGCGCAGGCCCGAAGUAGCGCAGCCGCUCUGAGUAACUGUACCGUGGAUCUAGCUGCGUACACCAGGUUGCUGAUAAUGGAGGAGCACGGCGUUCACCAGGCGGAGCACAUGACCACCAUCGAGGCCAGCGCCGUCAGCCAACAGGUCCAGCAGGUACACGUGACCACCUACACGGACGCAUCCAUGAUGAGCGCUGAGGAAGACUCCACGUCUUCGCCAGACGACGAUCCGUAUGAUGACACAGACAUCCUCAACUCGGCUGGCACCGAUGAGGUCACCGCUCACCUGGCCGCCGCAGGACCAGUCGGCAUGGCGGCCGCUGCUGCCGUGGCAACCGGCAAGAAAAGAAAAAGGCCUCACAUCUUCGAAUCCAACCCCUCCAUCCGCAAGAGGCAGCAAACCCGUCUGCUCAGGAAACUGCGAGCCACGUUGGAUGAGUACACCACCAGGGUGGGCCAACAGGCCAUAGUGCUGUGUAUCUCUCCCUCCAAACCCAACCCAGUGUUCAAGGUGUUCGGUGCUGCUCCUCUGGAGAACGUGGUGCGAAAGUACAAGAGCAUGAUGCUGGAGGACCUAGAGAACGCCCUGGCUGAGCACGCCCCCGCAGGUGGGGAGCUGGCCUCAGAGCUGCCCCCUCUCACCAUCGAUGGCAUCCCUGUCUCCGUGGACAAGAUGACCCAGGCCCAGCUACGAGCGUUCAUACCAGAGAUGCUGAAGUACUCGACAGGCAGAGGGAAGCCUGGCUGGGGGAAGGAGAGCUGCAAGCCAGUGUGGUGGCCUGAGGACAUCCCUUGGGCCAAUGUCCGCAGUGACGUCCGGACAGAAGAGCAGAAACAGAGAGUGUCUUGGACGCAGGCGCUGCGGACCAUCGUGAAGAACUGCUACAAGCAGCACGGCCGCGAGGACCUUUUAUACGCGUUUGAAGACCAGCAGGUGACCGUGGCGGCCCCCACCCAGCACCACUUGACCGCUGCACAGAGCAUCGCUCACCUUGUGCCCUCACAGACCGUGGUACAGACCAUCAACAACCCCGACGGAACAGUCUCGCUCAUCCAGGUCGGCACGGGGCACACCGUCGCAACGCUGGCAGACGCCUCAGAGCUUCCUGGUGUGACGGUGGCACAGGUCAACUACUCAACUGUGACUGAUGGAGAGUUUUUACAGGUGGAGCAGAAUUGGGCAACCCUACAGGGCGGGGAGAUGACAAUCCAGACCACUCAAGCAUCGGAGGCCACGCAGGCAGUAGCCUCCUUGGCUGAAGCCGCCGUCGCUGCCAGUCAAGAGAUACAGCCCGGAGCUACGGUCACAAUGGCUCUCAACAGCGAGGCGGCGGCCCACGCCGUAGCGACGUUGGCAGAGGCCACUCUACAAGGAGGAGGGCAGAUUGUGCUGGCAGAGACGGCAGCUGCUGUCGGGGCGCUGGCAGGGGUUCAAGAUGCCACAGGUUUGGUUCAGAUCCCAGUCAGCAUGUACCAGACCGUAGUGACCAGCCUCGCCCAGGGCAACCGGCCCGUCCAGGUCGCCAUGGCACCUGUCGCCACACGCAUAGACAACACUGUCACGCUGGACGGCCAGGCGGUGGAGGUCGUGACCCUGGAGCAGUGACAAUUAGGACCUUGGAAGGAGUAGAAAGCACUGAAUGGCCACCUUGGAGAUUUGUCUCUCUUUUCCAAGACAUCACGCUGUGUACAAUGUCAGAUAUAUUUUUAAAUGUACAUACGCAGGGGAGGAAAGCGUGGGUUAUCAAUGCAUUGUGUUUACUAUGUAAAGAUAUUGCUUUUGUUGGCGUUUCUCGAUUAGCUUCAUGUUUUUUGUUUGUUUUAUUUUUUUUUUUUUAGGUCUGUGAUGUUUAGUAUUUAUUUCUUGACAAUUAACCUUAAAACAAAGAUGAACCAAAAAGCCCAGGAGGAAAAAGCCACCACUGCUUCACUCGCUCUGUGUUAACGAUCAUUGUUCUGGAUUUUUUUGUGCUUGACCAUUCUUUUUUUUUGUUUUGUUUUGUUUUUGGGAUUUAAAAUCCAGUGCCAUAGUCAGUAAUAACUCCACCGUUAGUUUUUUUUUUCCCCCCAUAUUCAAAAUUUCUUUCCACCUCAGAUUAAAUCUCUUCCUGAACAGCAUGAGCUGUAGACACUCCCAGACAUUUCCGUCACAUUAAAUGUUGAAAUAUUAUGUUGGAAUAUUGUCUUGUCUUGUGCUGUUCGGUUCUACUGCAGUCCACGCACGCGCCAAAAUUUGCGACGACUCAGGAUAUAUUUCAUCAAGGUGUUUUUCUGUUUAUCUGUUUGUUUUUACUGCUGGAUUGCCGAGCUGUCUUCUUGAAGCUGUCUUUUUGUCUACCAAAUCUGUGUAUUUACAGUGCAUGGAUAGGAGCAGCGCCCCUUGGUAUGUUAUUUUUAACAUGAACUCCUUUGUAUUGUGUCACUACGGGCCUUUGUGGUCGGCUGCAUCAUUUUGUAUGUCCCAAGAGGUCGGUCGUACCUUGGGCAGGAGCUGCACUGUUUGUGAUGCAACAAAAUAAUCGCUUGCCAAGUCUUUGUUUGAUGCAGCUCUCACAGUCGGUUCAACUCUAAACGUGUGUAUUUAAAAGUACAAUAAAAAAAUGGCUGCUGUUCACCACUCA